AUGCUAAACAUCACCAUGAAGCUGCUGACUGUGUCUACACUUCUCUGUGCAAUGGUGGCUCUGGGCACUGCUGCUGCACUUCCAGAUGAAGUGGCCAGUAAUGGGACAGAGGCAUUAAUUUCAGCAGGUCAGUGGACUUUUCAGCAGAACAUCAUGUUGAGAAGGAGAGCAGCAUCUUGUCCAAGCGGCUGGACUCAGUAUGGGAAUCGAUGCUUUCUCUACGAUAACCGUCAAAUGACUUGGGCUCAGGCGCAGCGAAUCUGCCAGUCCUUGAAUGCAAACCUGGCAUCUGUAAACAGCAACGACGAGUACCAGUUCAUUCGAGCCGUCAUAUCUAGUGCCUCUCGUGAAAGUGGACUAACAUGGGUUGGUGGCUCAGAUGGUCAACAGGAGAAUUACUGGUUUUGGAUUGAUGGAACCUAUUUCACAUUUACGCAGUGGUGUCACGGAGAACCUAACAACGUUGGGGGAAACGAGCAUUGCUUAAUGGUGAAUUUUCAGGAAGCAAGUGUUGGAAUGAUGGGAGAUGUGACAGCCAAUACCCAUUUAUUUGUGUCAGGGCCAUCUGCUGAUUCCUGGGCUCUCAUGAAGGCGUGGCCUACCUGA